AAUGAUAAUGAUUUCCUGUCCGUUAUGUGCUUGUCAAAACAUCGGUCUCAACAGGCUCCUUGUAAAGCUACAGGUGGUUUUCGCGCUAGUAGAAGUGCUGGAAAUUGACACAUGGUCUAACGGAAUCCAUUAAUGUGUGUAUGUAGACCAAAGGACGCCAUGAAAGGAAAAACGACAUCUCAAACCUGGGGUUGGCAAUGUCAACAGAGAGAUAUGAUGGGGAGCAGACGUGAUUAUGGUGAUAUGCGUCUGUGAUUCAUGCAUCGUGGACUGUUGGAAUUCGGAUGUCUUUCAUUAUGUUUAUUCUGCCAUUCAAAUAGACAUAAAAAGAAAUAACUCUCAAUCAGGUGGAAAGUUUGAAGGACGUUUAAUUAAAAUGUGAAUUCCAUUAUUGUAUCUGCAGUCCUUUCUCUGGGAUAUCAGUUUCACCGUUUAUUACAUUGAGCUGUACUGUAUGGAUGCUAUUGAUUUUCCAGUUCUUGUUCAGUUUUUACUAACAUUCAUCCGCCAGUCAUAGUAUGCUUGUUAGCAUGAUAAUAACAUAUACGUAUACAUGGUGUAUUGAAAAAACCUGGCAGUGUGCCUCCACAUCUGAACUCGACUGCAGACGUCGUAUUUAGUGUAACACUUCCAAGACUGUCAAAUAACUGCUGAAUCAGUUUGGCUGGACACAAUUUUCUAUUUACAUAUUUGAAUAUGUAUUACACUAUUACGAGUUGCUGAGGAAAAUAUUUUGUGACAUUCACCAAGAUUCUAUUUUAGGAAAUUGAUAGGUCCAAUUGAUCUGAACUGGAGUAUUGACCGACUAACGUACAUAAUACUCACGUGGAAUAUACUUCAUUUCUCAUGGAAUAUGUAACAUGCUGAUUGUAAUCUUUGUAAAGUAAGGAAUAUCUUUGCUGGGAGUUGAAGUACUUAUGAAGACAAUGGAGGAAAUUUUUUUUUUUAUGAAAUCAUGACUUGAUCGUCAAACUGAAAACAUUUAUCAACAUUCCAUCUUGAAUUCAAGAAGCAUUCCAGUGACAACUGAAGGGGAAUUCAUUAUCAGUGUUCUGUCUUCAAGUUUCCUUGAUGCAUUUGUCCAUACCAUUCCAGUAUUCAGUCCCAUUUAAAGGAUCUCAUUCUUGAAAUCUAUCCAUUUGUUUAAAUUUAUACUUUUUUGUUAAUCAUAUAUGAUAUUUCUGCAUUCCAAGCUUAAUUGCAUUUUGCUACCAAUCAGUCCAGUUCUUGAGUAUAAGUUUUUUUUUUUGAUAUCAAAAUAAUUAUCAGCAUUGUUUUCAAUACUGAGAUGGUCCCAUAAUUGCAUUAUACAUUUACAGUGAAUGUGCACAAAUAGAUUACGCAAAUUAUAUUCCCAUUUAAAUCAUUUUCCAAAUUUUCCCAAGGAUAAAAGUGCAUAGCAUCUGAUACAAGUCAAAACAUUAUUACUUUGAACUGGUGAGAAGCAUAUUUAUAUUUCGUUGCAAAUUUCGACGACUUUGGGUCUUUGACGUCGUAUAUGUAAUUGAUAGAAAGAAGACAACCAAUGCUACUUUUUAUUUACGUACUUUCCAGCUUUACAGGAAAGUCAGUUGAAGCUAUGGAUAUAAACAACUGAACCAAAAUAAACAUCAUUCAAUUGUGAAUUGUACAAAUAUCAAUUUGUCAGUGCCAUUAGACAACAGCGAUAUUAUCUGGACACUUGUAAACAAUGUCAGUGACAAAUUUUGUACACAAUGCAUAAAAACAUUCCAUGUUCUUAUCCUGCAUGAUUUAAUCUUCACCUUCACGUUUUAUAAGUCUUAUAAAGAAGAGGAUUUAUCACGUUCUUGUAUACAUGUCUUGUAUGUAUAUGUUGUAAAACUAUAAAAUUAUUAAGGCGGACAGUUACGUUUUAAACAAGGAAACACACCCUGUGACUGUCAUCAGUGAUCGCGAGAGGAAGCUGGUUAGUGGAUUUUAAAGUGAGUCUACAUCCUGGACUGGCCGAGAGGAGGCAGUUUAUAACAGUGUUGGUGUCAGUUUUGAAUAUUGCCGGAAAAUUAUUUUAAAUACUGCAUAUUUGGGAAUAUACAAUUAGGACUGUAGUGCUAAGAAAAGGUGAUUCUGGAAUUUAAAAACUUUGAGAGAGACAAGAAAUUUCUGACACAAGGUAUGGUCAUCCCAUGAGAUGUUGUUGUAUACUGGACUUGAUUGUUGAUACAAGUCAAUAAAGUAUUCCGGUUUGAACUUGACCCUCAGCCAUGUCUCGAAUGGCAGUUUCCAGUUCUCCAUCCCCAUCUGCGUCCCCGGCCAAAUCUCCAGACGAGGAGGGGUCUCAUUCCUGGAUGGAGUGGAGACAACAACUCCAUGCAUACGUGGCCUGGGUCAACUCGCAGCUCAAGAAGAAGCCCGGGGUCAGACAGGUUGAGGACCUGCGUAAUGAUACCAAGGAUGGAGUGAUACUUGCCGAACUUAUUGAAAUUGUUGCAGGUGACAAGCUGCCAGGGAUCCACACCGUGCCGUCUAACUACGGAGAAAUGAAGGAAAACGUGGAGAAGGUUCUUCACUACAUGUCUGCUAACAGGAUCCGCAUGCACCAUGCCUCCGCGAAAGAUAUCGUGGAGGGUAACCUCAAGUCCACAAUGAGGCUGAUAUUGGCUCUAGCAGCACACUUCAAACCUCACAGUGUCAAACAUUCGUCGCAGCAUCUGAACCGCACCUCCGUAGGAUCCCCGCAUGCGGUGGGCAUUGCUCAGGGUGCAUCAGCUGCUCUGGCGGAGGCAAGGAGGACUGCAGCUAAGGCAGGGAACAGUUUCCGUGGAAACCGGUCCCGCUAUAACAACAGUGAGCGGAGACGAACAUACCACGGAGGCAGCAGUUCUGACCAGUACAGCGACUCCGAUCACAGUUUUGGCCAGACGGACCAUGACUUUAAGGGUCGACGGGAUGACGGAGAUGGAGCCAGCAACGACAAAAGUCCGCUGCCUAGUGCUCGCUUCAACACCCCACACUUACCAAACACGCAACCCGUUGUUAUCUCGAAGAGUCGCUCAUCUGAUUACAUCUCCUCCAAGGACAGCAGUUCCGACAGCAGUAACCUGACAUUAGUUGACCAGAGUCGAGAAAUCCUGUCCGAAUACCAAGGAUUGUCGUCCACUAUCAACAAAACCAGGACCGAUCUACUCAAGCUACAGGAUCUGCUGCUGAGUGGAGAACCACCAGAUGGGGAGGAAAGUGUCGGAGGUGAAUCUGUGUCAUCGUCCUUACCAGAGGAACAGAUGGUAAUCAUGAAAAGUCAGCUCAUUCAGGCAACGGAGGUGUGCAAAGACCUCAGGGAGGAACUAUCUGUGACCAAGGAUGAGUGUAUGCAGCUUCAGGGCACAAAGGCUGGGCUAAACCAAAGACUUAUAGAACAAGAGGAGCGCAUUUCACAGCUCAAUUCUGAGGUCUUGCGUGCCGACUUCGAAUAUCAGCGUUUUGAGUCAGAAAUUACGGAAAUGAAGCGAGCUUUACGAGACAAAGACAAACUGAUUGUAGACUUAAAGAAGGACAUUGCGAGAAGAGACAAACACAUAGACCAUCUGCAGAACGAAGUCCAACUACAGAUUCAGGAGAAAGAGAAUGCCACACGUUCACUGAAGAUGCAAAUAUCUGACCUUCAUGAUCGACUCAAGGUCGUAGGUCAAACAGGGGCCAACCUGUCAGCACGUGUCGCUUCUCAAGAUAAACGUAUGGCCCAGCUGGAAGGCAAAAUUCUGUCUUCGUCAGACGAUGGUAGCAGUCAUCGGAGCGACAAUACCAGCUUUGUACGUAAAAAUUAUGUUCAGACAGGGACGGGUGAUGAGCUUCAGGUUGUGCGGGACUCGUUACAUAACCUUCGGCUCAGCUUCAAGGGGACGGAUCCCCAGCAGCACACGAUCGACACGCUGGAGCAGAGUGUAUCUACACUCCUCGAUAAAAUAACGAUGUCGGCCGGCUCCUCGGUCAGUGGAGGCGACUCACAGAGUGGUCUUGACGUUACGUCACGGCGUCUGAAUUUUGACUCUACGGGCGACGUCCGUAGAUCUCCGAUCACUUCCAUUCCAGGUAGUCAUCAAUCUUUUCCAUACAAUCAUUUAGAUGGUGGUGGUCAGCCUACAUCAUCCACCCCCAUCAGUGCUAAGGAAGCCACCAAAGUGUUAUACUUCACAGAUAAAUCCCUCAGUCCCUUCUCAUACACCAUACGGAAAAGACUAGGGGAGAUAACUCUGAAAGAUUUUAAAGCGAUUUAUGAUCGCCCUGGUAACUAUAGGUAUUCAUUCAAAGCACUGGACCCAGAGUUUGGCACUGUGAAGGAGGAGGUAACUAAUGAUGCUGAUAUAAUACCAGGCUGGGAAGGAAAAAUAGUUGCGUGGAUUACGGAGGACACGGGGACAUAACACAGGAGAGUUGCCUCCCUUGGCUCUUUUAUCUCGCUUAACUGUACAGGGAAAAGACUGUUUUCUCGGCACUCAAACACAAACACAGAUGCUGGCCUACUUCUAGGACCUUCUGAUUUUACACCGCAAAGUAAAACAGGGAUGUACAUGUGUUUAUAGAAGAGAAUGUGAAGCUGAAGAACUGGAAGUUUUCUCCCUAUAUCUCAGAAGAAACCUGUAAUAAAACAACUGGAGAAUUUGUGAUAAUAUUAUGGAAGAUUAUCAACCAAGACUGAAGGACAUCAUCUAUCAAACAAAUCAAGAAUGAGUACUUCAGGGAUAUUUUUACUGUGGGUAAUUGAUUUGAAAUUCAAGAUGUGGAGGAUACAGUUCACUUUGUACCAAUUUAAAAAAAAAGAAAAAAAAAAACAACGGAUAACAAUGGAAAAUCUUUUUGUGAUAUCAUGCUAUGGAAGGUUUCACCUAGCUUACAGUAUUGUGUCUGUGAAACCAUUGAAAAUCCUUGAUAUCUGUUGUGUUCUUGUCUGUCCUGGAAGUUCUUUUCACUCGCCUGAUUUGAACAUUUUAAUUUCCAGUAAGGACGUAUUCUUAAUGUGUACAUGGCUCGUUCAAUGGAGAUUUGGAUUCCAUUGCGAUCCACAUGGCCGAGGAUUUCCUGAGAAAUUGUGAACAUUAAGGUGCUAUAUCUGGGAUAACACUGUCGCCCAGAUUGUUUACCAAUCAUUGUGGAUUUAGAAGCUGUUAUACUGUAACAUUCAAUAAUAUAAUUCAUUCCUAAAUCAGAUUCCAUAUUGAUAGUGUUCAUUGAUUUUAUUCUGUAUUGAAUAUGAAAUUUUUGUGUGUUUUUUUUCUUUUUUUUUCGGUAUUCACAUAUGUUUGUGUGAUAUCAAAAUUUGAUUAUAUGAGCCUAAGGGGACAUCAAAUUUGGUAAUAACAAUUGAGUAUAUAUUUUGAUCGCCCCAAUAAUUAUCGAGUAUGUAUUUCAGCUGCUCCAAUAACAGUUGAGUAUGUAUUUUGGGUGUAUCGAUAACAAUUUAUUAUUUAGCGUGAUGUUUAGGAUGUUACGAACCUUAGCUCAUGUAACAAACUUAAAUAUUCCUAAUAAUCUGUAUUCAAUAUUGAGUAUAAUGUUCUGUCAGUGAUCAUUAGGUCAUUCUAAUGCAUUCAGUCUUGAUAAGAAUUUGUCACUUUUACAUUUGGUACACCUGAAAUAUUCAAUAUUGAUCACAAGAGUUUUAAAGAUUUUAGAUAUUCUAACUUCAGUCGAUUUAUUGAUUAAGAGAUAAUGAAACAGCUAUCUGUGUUCAAUAUUCACACUUACUCAUCUUCACAAUGAGGCAAAUAUAUUUGUUGUAUGUUAAAAUAUUUCAUUACGGGAACAAAGAUGGAUUCUAUGAAACUUGUGCUAAAAUUGUGUUUUAUUUACUCAAGUCAUAUUGAUAAUAAAUGUCCAAUUUCAAUAUAUAACCUGAUGUAAGACUGCCCUUCGAAUACCUCUAUAGAGCAUGAUGUUCCUAUCCUCAAAACAAAAUCAUUUUGAUCACCUGUCUUAUAAAACUUACUAAACCCCUUCUGAUAUGACUUUUAUGACCAUGUUCCUUGCCGUUCAAAACAUCACAUUGAUUUACUUUCUAUAAAACUGCCGUCCUCGACUCCAGGUGUAAAUUAAAUGACUCUCACCUACGGUAUUCACAAAUAGUGCGGCUGCGAUUUUUACCUGUGACUGAGGAUAUAAAACUGCCAUCCUUGACCCCAGGUGUAAAUGAUACUCUCACUACGGCAUCGACCGAUAGUGCAGUUGCAAUUUUUACCUGUGACCGAGGAUGUAAAACUGCCUAAAUUAAUCUGUUAAAAUGUUUAAUUAUUGUUUUCUUGCCACAGAACAAAACCAUUUAAAUUCUCCUCACCUUUGAUAUUGAAACCUUGGAAAAUAAAGGCCAGAAUAUAUAUAAUUUGCAUUUAAUAUAAGAACUUUUGUAAUUUAGUUCAAUUUGUCACUGUGAUAUAUAUACUGCCACACUGUCUCGCUGCCUUUGAUGGUCGCCACAAGAACUAUCUGACGUAUUCUGUUUAAACAUGCUUUCGUCAUAUUAGAUUUUGAUGUCUUCUACGACCGCUAUUUUGUUUAAAGUUUUGAGAUGUUGUCGUUUUUAUCAAGAUCUGUUGGGGGUAAAAGUUACACUAAUCCACCGUUAUCUUCCUUACCACUUGCUUCCAUUCUGAUUGGUGCCAAAUUUCAUUGUGUUGGUGAGUUGUGAUCCAUUGUUGGAGUAUCAAUCAUCCGAGGCCGGUAUGGAUGUAUCACGUAUGCAGUAGUAAGAUUCUUUAGUACUUGCGUGCAAAUAAUUCUUCAUCAUUUCAUUUACUGAAGGCAACCUUUUAAUUUUCUGUGGCUUCAUCAGUGCAGUACACGAUAUUGGUCUAACUGAUUAUUUAAUCUUACCCCUCUUACCCUUACAGUAGGACACAAUAUAUUGGUAAGAUUAACCUGUCUAAUCUGACAUCCCCUACAGUAGGACACAAUAUAUUGGUAAGAUUAACCUGUCUAAUCUGACACUCCCUACAGUAGGACACAAUAUAUUGGUAAGAUUAACCUGUCUAAUCUGACUCCCUACAGUAGGACACAAUAUUGGUCAGAUUAACCUGUCUAAUCUGACAUCCCUACAGUAGGACACAAUAUAUUGGUAAGAUUAACCUGUCUAAUCUGACAUCCCUACAGUAGGACACAAUAUAUUGGUAAUAUUAACCUGUCUAAUCUGACACUCCUACAAUAUGACACAAUAUAUUGGUAAGAUUAACCUGUCUAAUCUGACACCCAUACAGGUUACAACAUAUUGGUCAGAUUAACCUGUCUAAUCUGACAUCCCUACAGUAGGACACAAUAUAUUGGUAAGAUUAGCCUGUCUAAUCUGACUCCCUACAGUAGGACAGACUAUAUUGGUAAGAUUACUCUGUCUUAUCUGACAUCCCUACAGUAGGACACAAUAAAUUGGUAAGAUUAACCUGUCUUAUCUGACAUCCCUACAGUAGGACACAAUAUAUUGGUAAGAUUAACCUGUCCAAUCUGACUCCCUACAGGUUACAACAUAUUGGUCAGAUUAACCUGUCUAAUCUGACAUCCCUACAGUAGGACACAAUAUAUUGGUAAGAUUAACCUGUCUAAUCUGACAUCCCUACAGUAGGACACAAUAUAUUGGUAAGAUUAACCUGUCUAAUCUGACACCCAUACAGGUUACAACAUAUUGGUCAGAUUAACCUGGCUAAUCUGACACCCCUACAGUAGAACCCAAUGUAUUUGUCAGAUUAACCUGUCUAAUCUGACACUGUUGGUAACGGCAUAUUGGUCAGAUUUACCUGUCUUAUCUGACACCCUGUAGGACAUAACAUAUUGGUCAGAUUAACCUGUUUAGAUCUGACACUAAGUGGGAUUUACCUAUUGCUCAGAUGAACCUCUGUAGGACACAACAUAUAAUUAGAAAUAUUAUUAUAUUUGUUAUAAUUAAUAUAAAUAAGUACAGUUUUGUGAUCCCCGCUAACUAUUUGUGUUUCAAUUAUUAAAUUUGAAUUUUGAUUUCCAAAAGUAAAUACAAGUAUCAGUAUUAAUCAAGCCAACAUUUUAAAUGAGUACUAAGGAUUCUCAUAACAUUUGUCAUACUAUCAAUUCCAUAACUCAUUUAGAAUUCAUUGAUAUUGUUUUUCGCAACAGGGUCAACUUCACAAAAUCCAAUCAUGUAUCAUGUGAUGUGUUUGUAAAAGUUUUGUCCAGGCACCAGUUUCAUUAAUAUUCCUCAACUUAAGAAUUUUCCUCAACGUAAAACUUUUCAUAGGAAAAGCAUUAAAGAAUUUAGGGGGAAACGUUAGUGAAGAAACCUUCCUGAAAUUCUGUAUUGCUUUUCUAUGGGAAAUUUUAAGUUUUGGAAUUUCCUGAGUUAAGCAAUAAAGAUUAAACUGGCCCCAAAUUACAUGUAUUUUAGAGUAUGAAAACUCAUUGCUUUUUCUGCUAUUUUUAGAAUUUGUUAUUGUAUUACAAUCUUUUCAUUAAUACCCAGCAUGAAAGUCAUUUAAAAAAAUCAAUUUUGUUAGUGUUAAGUAGUGUUAAUAAAUUCUAUAGAGGCAAACCAUGUGUUCACACAACUUAUAGAAUUAAUCUGUGUUAAUUUUUUCUUGAAUCCACAUAUUAAUCUGUGUUAAUUUUUUCUUGAAUCCACAUAUAGAAUUAAUCUGUGUUAAUUUUGUUCUUGAAUCUAUAUAUAGAAUUCAUCUCUGUUAUUUUUUUACUUGAAUCCAUAUAAAACCAGGAAGUAACCAUCCAAUUUUUUCCUAUUUUGAAAUUCUUAAUUGAGUAAAUCCAUAAAUUUUCCUUUAUUGAUAAAAUUUCUUAAUAUCUGCACAGUAUAUUUGCUAUAUAUGCAAAAUAGCAAAAUGUUGCUGUGUUGUUGGCUGGGAAACUGAAGUUGUGGGACCAUUUAAUUGUGGGGUGUAAGAAAUUUUCCUCACAGCUAUAAAACAAAACCUGUACAAUUCAUCACUCUGUGAAAUCUGACUUAUUGGUAUUUAUGACUGGUAGUUGGUACGAGAAAUUGGUUCACAAUUUUUACUAAACCCAAAAUGUAGUAAGCAUUUAAAUAAUUUUUUAAAAACUGUGUAUUUCUCACAAAAUGGCAAAUAUUAUUUCAUGUUGAUGCAAGUUAAACAUUCUUACUUGUCUUACAAGCAAUUGUAAACAUCACACCUCACUACGCAAUCUUUAUGAUAUUGUGCAAUACAUGUUAUCAUAUACAUGGUACUUGCACUUCAACGGUGUCUGAUGUAAUGAUCUUUCAUAACAAUCGAUACAAUAUUUGAUUUGUUGCUUAUAAUCAUAGUCUACUUCAUUGUUAAAUCUUUAUAAUUACCAAUCAAGAAAUAUUUUUGUCUGUGGAGCUUUUCAAACUGAUUUGUGCCUUAUCUGCAUCGAUCACUGUUGCAUGAAUUGUUUUCUGUCUAGAAAUGAGACGGUGCUGAUGAAUUUUCUAGACCAAUUCAUUAUAACUUUCUCUUUCCUUAUACUUAUUAUUUUGUCAUCCUUUUUUGUGUUCAUCAAUUUAAAGACCAAUGCUACUUUCAUUUUACAUAUAUUUAUCAUUAUAUCGCCCUCAAAACAUGACAUUUUAUGGCUAUUAAAUGAUGCAGUUGUUAUCCCUAGUUCGAAACCAUGCCAAUGACACUUACCUUUUCUAUCCAUGAAAUCGUAAUAUAAUCAUGUAUUUUAAUUGCGAUUUUUUCCAAAACCAGACAUACUUUAAUUUGCAUUUCCUUCUUUGUCAACCAUUAUAUGUUGAAGUUUUCAUUAACCUGCGAAACAUGUAUAAAAUUUAUUAAAAUCAAUAGUAAUUUUCUCUUCAUUGUUAUGAAUGUGGCUGUUAUUAAAAUUAUGUUGAUGGAGCAUAUUUUUAACUGAGAUCUGAUUCUAAAAGUUUAAUCUACCAGUUUAUGUUAGAUGUUAUUCUAAAGAACCAUUUUUGCCCUUAUAGAUGCACCCUACAUUUUUUCCCAAGAAAAGAGCAUGAAAACGUUCUUCUCACCGAACUGUUAAUUUUACCUUUGGUAUUUCAAACAAAGAUUCUGUAUCGUUUUUCGCUACAUGAGGAUAUUAAAAUGAAAAAAACAUGUUAUUUUUCCCCACCAAGAUUUUACAUGGAAAUUUUUCUUGUUUCCUUCAUAUAAGUGCAGCACUUUUUGUAUUUUUGUUAGCAGUGUGAUUAUUAGGUAGAAUACAGUAUUAUGUUUGUAUUAUUUCUCAAGGAAAUGUAGAGAUAGCAUCCAUUACCUGCUCAAACCAAUCAGUGUUUGAAGGUCAAAAGUUAAAGGUCAUGGGACGCUCCAACCAAUCAGUGUUUAAAGAUCAGAGGUUAAAGGUCACAGGAAUGUGACCAUGUUCGAUCAUUCACAGAAAAGAUGUCCGAUUAUAAUUUAUAGGGUAGUACGAGUAUUGUUCCUGUUCAUAAGUUAUUUUAUUUUCUGACUGACAUUGAUAAUGUAAAUUUUUCACAUUUAUUUGUAUUAUGUUUUAAGUUAUUUCAAUAUACCCUAAUUAUUUAUUAUUUGUAUACCUUAUAGUUUCUGUCUCCAGAAAGAUCUGCCAUCAUUGUUUACAAGUAUUUCUUUAAUAUACUGUCACUCUACACAAGUCUACACCAUUCUGAUCCAGUUUUUGUGUACAUUAACUUCAUGUCUUUGUUAAUUUCCGUUUCUUUUUAUGUGUACUUAUUUUUUUUUUUUUUUUUUCCAAUUUUGUUUACUACAGCAAAGGUCUGAAACGAUCAAAAUGUUAUUAAGUUUGUUCAAAUAUUUUUUAUCAAGAACUUAUUUUUUGAAUUUUUUCUUCCAAAAUAUAUGAGUUAUGUUAAAAAACACAAAUCCCGAAUCUCAAACAAAUGUUCAUACCAAGCAAACCAAUAUUCUGCACAUAAACAAUUUUUUCAUUUUAUUCAUAAUAUUACGACAAUAUUGUUCAUUUUACCUACCCUUUCUUUGGUCACCAUCAUCUGACAAUCAACAUGUAGCUUUUCAUUAAGGGGAGGUAAUUCUGUAUGGUCUUCAUCAUGUAUUUGAAUAUUUUCCUCAUUUCGCUUGCAAACAAUUCUGUAUAGUAACUUUAUCCUGUAUUGAAAACUUCAUAUUACUUUGUUGUAUCAUUUGACUAAACAUUACAAUGACCUUAGCAUUUAAAUAACACAUUCAUGUACAUAUAAAUGGAUAAGGUUUUGGUUCUGCUCAUGAUAAGAAGUUAAAUUAAUUGUACAUGUAAUAGACAUUUAUCUACCAUCACGUGGUGUUCCUCUACCACUGCCAUUACAAAACACCACCUUCCCUGUAAAAGUCAAAUUUUCUUCAUUAAACACUUUUCACAUAAAUAUCCUGGGUUAGUGUAUACCAAUGGUGUAACUCUGUUUCCUGAACAAGUCUAGUCAGCUAUAUGUUUAUAAUGUAUAUUGUGUGUCCCAGUAGUGACCAGGUGAUGUUACUGGUAUGUGUCGGUCAAGUAUCUAUAUGGAGAGGAGUAUAUGUUGAAAAUGUCGUAUGUUGAUUCCAAGCCUUCGUUUUGUUGACACUUCAGAAUAAAGCUUGUUGUAUAAAUA